AUGGAUUCAACCACGGAUCCCAAUCCGCCGCCGCCGUCGGAUCCGGGUGUAGGCCAUUUCCAUGGCGAGUUUUGGGGCGGGAUGAGUGCUCUAUAUGGGACUGGCCAGCCAAACGACCAGCCAUUCGGCAUUGGGUGGGAUCAUCCUGUGUUCCGCCCUAGCCCCCAUUCACCUUCUCCUCAGACAAACCAGAGUAUCUAUGCCAUUCCUCAGCAGACGCAACCUCAACAGCAGCAGCAGCAGCAACAGCCCCAACCGCACCAGCAACCGCCGCCGCAGCAACAUCAACAGCAGCAACAGCAGCCCCAACCACAACAACAGCCACAACAGUUACAGUCAUGGCAGCAAACGCCAAUACAGCAACAGCCUCUAGCUCUCGACUCACAGCAGCAGUUCUCUAUGUCGAGUCCAUAUCGAGUGUCGCCCUACCAUACACAACAAACUCCCACCUUCGAUGCCACGCAGGCGGCUUCCUCAUACCAUACCUACACAUAUGACCCGCAGACCUUCUACACAACCCAGCAGCAAGUCCAGCAACACAACGCAUAUGAUCAGCAUUCUGCAAAUGUACCGACACAGCGAGUGGCUCAACCUUCUCCUGUUGCAGCGAACACUCUCGAUCGACAGCAGCAGUCCUCAUAUUUAGUACCAAGGCCUGUUGGCCCUGCUCCUGCCAUCUAUUCUAAUGGUAAAUAUUUUACAGCCUUUUAUUUUCAACUUCCCGUCACACUAACGCCCUUUCCAGGUCUUCAGGCAAUUCUUCCGAAACCCUCCACUACUGCUAAGCCUCGAAAAAAGAAAGGCGUCGAUCAAAAAGGGCAAACUCUCUUGACCAAAUUCAUUUCUAAACCAGCCGUACAGCAGCCGGUCAAUCAAACUCAGAGCGAGUCUUCAAGUGACUACAGCAGCGACGAGUCAGACGAUGGCCUCGAGAUAGAAGAACCGCCAGCCGAGCCUUCCCCUCUCCCCGAGGUGCAACCAGACGAUGUUGAAGACCUUGUUAAGGGGGUGCGUGAUACUUGGAAGGCUCGUAGCGAGGCCCUCAAAGCUGCAGAAAAUCAGAACCUUGAAGGAAAAAUCCCGUCUCUCAAAAAGGAGGUGAUUCUCCAGAGACGAUUGCUAGACUUGAUCAUUAAUAAUACCCUGGAGUUUGGUCACCCGUCAUAUGUCAGAAGAAGCUUGAGUCAGUGGAUAGCAUUUCUAUGGGGAACCACAAUCAAGGAGCUAGCCCAGUCCAUUAUGGACAAUGCUGCGGCUGCUACCAAGAAGAAAGCCGAAGCAGCGAAGUCUUCAGCCAAGGACGGUGGUUCUUCAGGGUCAUCAACGUCUCAAUCAGGAAAGCUGCGAGAAGGGACGAAUAACUCGUCUCAAUCUGUUAUCGGUAGUAAGCGCGCCAGGGAAGACGACAGCAGCGCAACGUUGACAAAACGGGUGGUAUCUCCCUCAUUUGCGAAGGGCACCACUCGAGCUGUUCCUGGGGCCGCCGCCGCGGCGGUUAAGAAAUUUCCUGCAGCCGGAAAGGAUGCCAAAUCAACUACUAAUGGCGCUUCCCAGGCGUCCGCUAAACCUAAAGCAAAUAUUGUCAUACCUAAGCCGACACCGAGUCUUUUCAGCAGCUUGAUGUCAGCGUCAAAGAAACCUGGGACGUCAAAUGCUGCUCGUGCUGCAGCGGCUGCAGCAGCAAAGGACAAGCCAACUAGUGUUGCUUCUGAGACGAAGACGACGACUCAGCCGGCCGCUCCGCCGGUAGCAAAGCCUGCAUUUUCGUUCUCUGAGACUAUGGCUAAUCUGAAUAAACCCCGAGAGCGUAGUCCAUCGAAAUUGGAAGAAGACACCCCGCCUGAAACUGAUGAAGAACGCAAGAAGCGGCUUCGAAAAGAAGAACGGAGGAAACUUCGAGUCACCUGGAAGCCAGAUAGCAGUCUCACAGAAGUGCGAUUGUUCACACAUGAUCCUGAGGAAGAGAUUGGCUAUGACGACAGUAUGAUGCGUGAUGUUGGCGAUGUCGCUGGGGAGGGAAGGACGCUUAAGCUUCACCAUGGCUUGGAUGACCUUGAUGACGAGGACGAGGGCUGGAACGAAGAGAGUUUAGCACCAUAUACGGCCCUAUCAACCAUCGAUUUCAGUGAUCUUCUGGAAGAAGACCGGGAAAGGAACUUUACUAAGACUGGCGGUUCCAAGGAUGCAGAUAGCCCUGAGAAAGUGGCCCAGGACCAGCGAGAGGCCACUACUCUUAGUGUUUUCUAUACUUCUCCAUCCGAAGUUCCAAAUACCCCCAAAGAGCCUCCACCACCGGACAAUGACGAUGAGCCUUAUAGCCCUCUCGUACCCUUCGGAGAACCAGAUCACUUUGUCAAAGCCCGGUCGCAGCGAUACUUUGAUUCCCGCUCGCCCCCAGUCCAGGCGGCACCCCAAGCUACUCCUGGAACCCAGCCAACUAACCCGGCUCCCGUGGAGAUAUCGUCGUUAUUAAAAAUUCUCCAACAAAACCAGCAGCCACAGCCGGUACAACAACAAUCCACUCUGCCUCCUAAUGUUCCUGAUCUACAACAAACGCUUGCCCAAUUCACAGCCAACACACAGGUGCCUCAGUUGCAACAGACUUCCCAGCCAGGGCAGGUCCCCGGUGCACAAGGUCUGGACUUCCAGAAGCUGCUGGCAGUGAUGAAUGCCCAGAAACAAAUGCAACAGGUUACUGCUUUUCCUCAAGUAGCUACCCCUCAGGCCCCUAAUCUAGCUGCUCUUCUUUCUCAGCUUUCGAAUCCAGCUGGGCAAUUACAGCAACAGCAGCAGCAACAGCCGCAGAACCAGGGCCAAAAUACAGAUUCACAAUCAUACAACCAGACCUUUUAUGAGGAUGGGGAUAACAAGCGCAGCUACGAGGGCGAUGAUUCCUACGACUACAACAAGCGCGCAAAGAUCAAGAAACACCGAUAUCAACUAACUGGUGAACAGCCUAAAGCAGGCUUGGUCCCCUGCCGGUACUGGAAGGAGGGCAAAUGUAUAAAGGGAGACGAAUGCACCUUUAGGCAUGACCCUCUGGACUAA